ACGGCUCUCCGCAACCGCCACUAAGGACACGUGCGCGCUCGCGACCUAACAAACCUGAGGAAUCACCAACGGUGUUAUCAACACAUUGUGUUUAAGCAUCUAAAGGUGAGGGAUUAUGUUCAGAGUCAAAGCCUUCUGCUUUGCACAGUCUCUUCACUUGGCUGCAGCUCGGGUGAAACUGGCUAAUAGGAAUUGGUCUAACUGGGCAAAGAAAAAUAUUGCUUGUGUGCAGAGCUACAGAACUGGCCAAAAGGCCACAGGCAGAACAGCGCUCAGUGCUUGCCAGGCCAAGAUCAUGGAAGAAAAAGAGCUGCCCAGUGUUUUGAUCUUUGAAAUAGGAGGUGCAUUUGGUGUCCUGGAAAGCCAUGUGGAGUUCCUCAAGAAACAUUUUGAUGUUAUCACCAUGAAGGAGUUUCACAACAGCAAGGAAGAACUGCGGGAAAAGAUCAAGGCAAUUUUUGUAUUUGAGUGCAGACCCCUCAUUGACCAACAGCUUCUUGAAAGCCUGCCCAGGUUAAAGGUGGUCGGAAACUCAGGGGUAGGAGUGAAUCAUUUGGAUUUGAAACUGAUUUCUAGCUUUGGAGUAAAAGUAACCAACACUCCACAUGCUGUCUCUGACUCCACAGCAGACAUUGGCAUGGCCUUAAUGCUGGCAUCUGCCAGAAGACUAGUGGAAGGUUGUUGUAUUGCAACAUCUCCAGCUACCACACAUUUUGCUGUUGACUGGCUAGGAGUAGAAGUCACUCGGGCCACUCUUGGCAUCAUUGGGAUGGGCAGCAUUGGAUAUAAAGUGGCCAAGAGGGCAAAAGCAUUUGACAUGAACAUUCUCUAUCACAACAGGAACCGUAGAAAAGAGGAAGAAGAACAAGCAGUUUGUGCCAUUUAUUGUAAAAACAUGGAAGACUUGCUGCAGCGGUCUGACUUUGUGAUGCUGGUUGUGAAUCUGACAUCUGAGACACAAAAACUCAUUGGGAAAAGGGAGCUAGAGCUGAUGAAACCCUCUGCUACUCUUAUCAACAUAUGUAGAGGUUCAGUAGUUGAUCAAGAUGCCUUGGUAGAAGCACUGCAAAAUGGGGUUAUUAGGGCUGCAGCUUUGGAUGUGACGUACCCUGAACCAUUGCCGAGAGAUCACUUGCUGUUGCAAUUGAAGAACGUCAUCAUAACUCCUCAUAUUGGAACUGCUACCGUGCAAGCCCUGCGUAUGAUGACAGAAGAAGCAGUAGAAAACAUACUGACUGUUCUCGCUGACCUUCCCGCUCCUAGUGAAGUGAUCCCCAAAUGAUUUAAUGGAGAAUAUGAAUAAUCAAUGACCGAUCAGCUAAAGGACAUUAACCUCUAAGUAACAAUGCAAUAUGCCAUCACUGUUUUCAUAUAAGUACUUUCAUAUUAUGACUAUUUUCUGUAAUUAUAAUAUUAAUUAAAAGAAAUAACGUUUGCUCCAAGGGUUCCUAGCACCAUGGGCUGGUUUUGGAUUUCUUCAGCCCUUUAUCUUUUCUUUUUAAGUAUUUUUAUUGUUUUUUUCAAAUUCAGCAACACAUUAGGGGUACCAAUCCUAUCGGCUGUGCCCUUGAUGAUCAUAAGCCCCUGAACCCAGAGGCUUAUGAGCAUCCUUUUCGGGGUGGGAGGAGUGGAGGAGGCAAUCGUCACCUCCCUGUCCUCCCACCCUGCAUUUUUUGCUAGAUGGGCUUUUUUGCCCUUGUAGCUGUGGCACUUGGGAGGGGGAGGGAAGGAGUCUGGGGAGGCCUUAGGAAACAUCCCCUUCUCGAAGAUUGAGUUCCCAACCUCAGAGAGUAGCUGGCGUGGUUCUUUCCACGCUGGCUGGGAGGGGGAUGGAGCUCCAGUUCCCCCCUUCAAGGUCAGAGUGCUGUUUCCAACCUCGAAUUGGGGAAUUCAAAAUAGUUCAUGGCCCCUCAAACACUGUCUAGCAGCAUAGGGUUGCUCCCCCCAUAACUUAACAAUGUGAAAUAUUAGUAAGAACAUACAGCUUUAUCUUGAUCAUUGUUACAUACAGUUGUGUUGCUUGUCUGAUCUCUUAUCUCUAUCAGCUUGUACUCUGUUAACCCAAUAAAUCUUUCCAUAAAAGAACAUGUGACUGUGGUGGCUGAUAGAGAGGAACCAGUACCUCAUGCAAUUUGGAAGCUGUACUUCUAAUAACGCAGCCCAAAAAAGCAUCUGCUUUUUUUGCAGCCACAUCACACCGUUGGCUCAUAUUCAGCCUAUGAUCUACAACAAUUCCAAGAUCUUUCUUACUUGCAGUAUUGCUAGCCAAGUAUCCCCCAUCUUGUAACUGUGCAUUUGGUUUCUUUUUCCUAGGUGUAGAACUUGGCAUUUAUCCCUAUUAAAUUUCAUUCUGUUGUUUUCAGUUCAGCGCUCCAGUCUAUCAAGAUCACUUUGAAGUUUGCUUCUAUCUUCCAGGGUAUUAGCGAUCCCACCCAAUUUUGUAUAGUCUGCAAAUUUGAUAAGCAUUCGUUGCACCUCCUUGUCCAAAUCAUUAACAAAAAUAUUGAAGAGCACUGGGCCCAGGACUGAGCCCUGUGGUACCCCACUCGUUACCCCCCCCAGUUUGAGAAGUUACCAUUGAUAAGCACUCUUUGAGUCCGAUUCUGUAGCCAAGUGUGGAUUCACAUAAUAGCUGUUCCAUCUAGCCCACUUUUAGUUAGUUUGUUAAUCAAAAUGUCAUGGGGCACAUUGUCAAAAGCUUUGCUGAAGUCAAGAUGUAUUAUGACUAAUGUAGCAUUCCCACAGACCACAAAGGAGGUUGCUGUUGUUGUUUAUUCGUUCAGUCGUUUCCGACCCUUCGUGACUUCAUGGACAAAGGACAAAGGAGGUUACCCGAUCAAAAAAUGAGAUCAGAUUAGUCUGACAGGUUUUGUUCUUCAUCAAGCUCUCAAAUGUCUUAUGUGAAGCAAAAAGUUGUAGCCUGUAAUGAUACAAUAUUUUAAAAUAGUAACCUGAUGUUUUCAAAUAUAACCUGGUUUGCUAACAUAUUUUACAGACAACUUGAAAGCAAAUGCAGCAGUACUGCAAACUAUUGUGCUACUUUGGAAUUAAAGAUUUUUCUUUCACCUGCUCUUCACUAUGUUUGCACAAUUCUGAGUAAUUUGUUAAUAUAGAAGCUAUCUAGACAAUUUCAUUAAGGUUAAAAUCCA